GCUCCCCGGGGCGGUGCCGCCGCCCGCUCCCGCCCCGCCGGUGUCCGGUUACCGGGGACCCGCCAGCCCGGGGCUGUCGCGCGCCCGCGCCCCGCAGCAGGCGCCAUGGCGGAAGCCCACCAGGCCGUCGCGUUCCAGUUCACGGUCACGCCCGAGGGCGUUGACCUGCGGCUGAGCCACGAGGCCGUGCGGCAGCUCUGCCUCUCGGCCGCACACGCGUGGAAGAAGCGCCUCGUGCAGGCCAAGAACACGUUCCUGAGCGGGGUGUACCCGGCCUCCCCAUCCAGCUGGGUGCUCGUCGUCAUGGCAACCGCUGGCUCCGUCUACUGCCGGGUGGACCCUUCCCGGGGCCUCAUCACCCGCAUCCAGCACUACCUGCCCCAGAGCCGGUUCCUGGGCCCCCGCGGGCAGGAGGUGCUGAGCGCGGCGCUGGUCGGCACCGGGCUGUGGCUGGGCACGGUGCUGCUGUUCCGCCGCGCCCUGCGCCUGCUCCUCACCUACCAUGGGUGGAUGUUCGAGCCCCACGGCCGCCUCAGCCGCCGCACCCGCGUCUGGAUGGUGAUGAUGAAGGUGUUGGCUUUCCGCAAGCCGCUGCUCUACAGCUUCCAGACCUCACUGCCCAAACUGCCUGUGCCCCCUGUGCAGGCCACCAUCACCCGUUACCUGGAGUCGGUGCGGCCGCUGAUGGACGAUGAGAAGUACAAGGAGAUGGAGACCUUGGCCAAGGAGUUCAAGGAGACGAUAGCACCGCGCCUGCAGAAGUACCUGAUCCUCAAGUCCUGGUGGACCACCAACUACGUGAGCCAUCCGUCACCCUAA